UGCCGGCGACUGCUGUGAGUUUCGGAGAUCAGCCAUGGGUGUUAGAGGCUUGCAGGGAUUUGUGGCACGAGUCUGCCCUGAUGCGUGCCAAACGGUAGAUCUGAGAGAAAUGGCAGAAAAGCAUCGCAUUGACCAUCCUGAUUCCCCACCUGUUAUCGUAGUAGAUGCCAUGAGUUGCGUUAGACACUGGUACACACCGGAAUCCUGGGUGUGCGGUGGCCAGUGGCAAGAGUACCUUGUCAUUUUACAGGAUUUUAUCAAUGCUUUUAUGGCAGCUGGUAUCAAGUUGGUGUUUUACUUCGAUGGGGUGGUAGAAGAGAAAAAGAGAGAUGAGUGGAUCAAACGGAGGAUGAAGAAUACUGAGGAAAUAGCCAGAUUAUUUCGGUUUAUCAAGACUCACAGGAAACAGCCAGGGAGGGAAAUGUUUGUUCUUCCUUCAGCUCUGCCUACUUUUACACGUUAUGCUCUGAAAUCACUUGGUCAAAAAACAGUCUGUACGUUGCAAGAGGCAGACUUUGAGGUGGCUGCAUAUGGUUUGCAGCACAACUGUAUAGGAAUUCUGGGGCAAGAUAGUGACUACCUCAUCUAUAACACAUGUCCCUACUUUUCCAUUGAGAACCUCCGUUUGGACAGACUGGUCACUGUCAUGUACUCUCGAGAAGUUCUUUGCCAUGUGCUGGGUAUUAGUUUGACAGACCUUCCUCUCUUUGCAUGCUUACUUGGCAAUGACAUUGUUCCAGAAAGCAUGUUGGAAGGCUUUUGGCACAGAUGUUUAACCACCAGUCCCCACAGAAAUAGCAGCUACAACAGAAGAACAAACAUACUGCUAUCCGUAGCAAAUUACAUCUCAAAAAUUCCAUGCUCGUACAGCAGCCUGAAACACUUGGAAGAGAUUAUACCUCUGGGAUCAGACAAGACAUUGCUUUGCAGAGGAGUGAACUCCUAUCUUUUGCCUGGGCAGCAGUCUCCAUGGAUUCCUCCCAAUGUAACACAUUGUCAAGUGUUAUCCCUUCAACAACAAUCAGCUCUCUGUCAAGAUAAAGAAAUCUUUCAGUUAGCUAAAGAACAGCAUAUCAAAUCUGAAAAUUUUUCAAUCUUCAAUAUCCUGAGUCAUGGAGGGACUGAGUGCAGCAACUCCUUGGAAGAUGACUGUGAUACAGAGAUUCCUGGACAGGCACUUAUCUACCGCCCUGCUCGUCAGCAUAUUUAUGCUAUCUUGUUGGAAUCUGGAAAAGGUGGAACCUAUCCUUUGGUAAAAGAGUGGUUUGUCUAUUUUGGAAAUCCUCUCAGGAAGCCAGACCUGAUACAACCCGUACAACCUUCUGUUAAAGGUGGAACACCUAAUUUGAAAACACUGUGGUUUGCCAAAGGGCCUGACGUGGAGAAGCAACGGUAUAGUACAUUUCUGGCAUGCUUUCACCUUCAAGAUGAGAUGGAAGAACUCCAAGCUCUGGAAGCACCUGUUGCAGGAUUCUGCUGCUUGCUGGCCUAUCUUAUGAUGCAGGUCAGUAGCCUCUCUCUGGAGGACUUAAAUGCAUUUCUGGCACUCCUUCUCUGCCUCAAAGGGAAGUCAGCAGCUCAACUGACAGGCCUGCAGCUUGCAGAAGUAGACUCCAGGGCUGUACAUCUGGGUGCUGUCCUCAUCCGUGGCCUUACGACUUUGCUCAUGGCCAACAGUGCCUGUGGCCAUCCCUUCAGGAUGGAUGAUCUGAUGCCCUGGGCAGUGUUUGAUGGAAAACUUUUUCAAGAAAAAUACCAGAAGUCACACCGCGGUUGCUCUGUGGAAGAACUUUUGGAAGGCAAUGAAUCUUUGUACACACCCUUCCAGAAUCUGAAGUCUCUCAUUUGCAAGGUUUGCAUGGCAAAGAAAAGAACGAUACAGAGCAGACCAAGAGGGAACAGAUGUAACACAGGAAGAGAACAAAGAGAUUUUAAUCCCAGGUUCCAACAUUCACACAGAAGUCGUUUUGUUUCUCCAUAUCAUAACCAAAUGAGGGGGUUCACACAAAGACAUCUGCAAUUCCAAGGUAGAGGAUCGGGACAUGCACACUGGAGGAGACACCACCUUCCUCCUCAGUAAAGAAUUCAUGUCUACAAGUGGCAUACUGGGAUGGUGGAAUAGUUGCCACUGGGAUAAUUACUGUUUAUGAAAGCCUGUUUUUAUGAACUCUGCAGAGUAACUGAACAGUGUGACUGUGGAGGAAAUCACACAAAGCUGAGGCGGUUCAGCUUGUUAAGCACGUAUAAUGUAAAGUCUAAGCUUGUUAUGAGACCAGAAUCACUAAAACUUAAGUUACAGGUAUCUGAGGCACAGUAGCAUCCCAGUGUAGCUACAGUGCUUUGUCCAUUUGACAAAGGAAAGUCUGAAUUGGUUUUUAUAAUAUUGUGAGGUAUUCCUGCGUGUAAAUUUAAGACUUAAACUAUAAUUUUUGCAUAUUUUUGUAAUACUUGUUUAUAUUACAACACUUUCCUCAGCAUGAAUAAUGUGUCAUGUCUAUGCUAUAUUGUGGUUUUUGUCUUGAUUGUGGAUUAUAUCUGUAUCUUAAGGGUUAUCCCAUUGUUACUGAAACCCUGUAAAGUUUGAAACGUGACAUCACUGAUGUGAGCAUCAUCUGCCAGUGAAAGUGUGACCUUCUUGUAAAAUGUAAC